AUGUCCUCGCCCACGGAUCACAAACCUGGCACAAACUAUACGUGCUACAACGACCAAAGUCCUCCCCUGUAUCCAAGCACGGAUCGGUUCAAUCCGUUAGGAUUUAGCACACCCCAGCAGCGUGGAAACUUUUCGCACCAAGCAAGAAAUUAUUACUCUGCCCAGCCAAAGCACAUGCUGCUACGAGCCAAAGGUAACGAUGGGCGUUAUCGUCACAGGCCGGACAAUACUCCAUACCAGGAGCGCUCAGGCCAUUUUUCGCAGGAUCUUACGAAUAAAACUGAGCAAGGUAAUGCGAGUUUUAAUUCGGGUAAACGCCUCGGUUUUGGUCAUAACUGGAGAGGACAUAAUAAUAGAAAUCAACGCUAUGGAGGAAAUAGACCGCAACACAACCACCGACAGAGACAUCAGAUGAACAGCGAAUCGUAUAAUAUCGGGGACUAUUUUCACCCAUCUAUGCUGGAGGAUCCGUGGGAGUAUUUGCAACGGAAAUCUAAUCCACUAACGAAUAGUUCUCCGAAACAAGAAUCAUUAGAUAAGGGAGAAGAUGACGACGAUGUAUCUGCUAAUAGUGACGAAGGAAUCUUGUAA